AUGUCAGAGUAUCUUGCAAGGUUGAGACAUUUCACUACUUGUGACAUCUCAGAUGGGCUAUUGAAUUUGUAUGGAAUCACUAAUGGUGGAUAUUUCCCUAAUUUGGUGAGAAGGUCAGGGUCUGGGACUAUCGUGGGUAGGGCUUUUCCUGUGUUGUUCGGGCAUAAAAAUGCUACCCAAGAUAAACCCAGUGUCAAUUACAUCGAUAAUGUGCCAGCAGAAUCUAUCGUAACCAUCGGUAUGACUGAAGAUUUACAAUUGAGCAGUGCUCCAUAUACCAAACCUAUUCAGGGCAUGUACGGUGGAUUAAUGUCUACAAGAGCAAAAUAUUUAGGCAGCCAUGGUACGGUUGUAUUUGGUAGAAUCAGAGAUAUCGAAGAGCAUAAGGCAUUGGAUCACAGCGUUUUCAGUUACGGUAUCGGUACCUGUGCUCCAAAAGCAGUUUUGAAACCGAUUUCGUAUAACUGUGAGUUGAAGAUUAAGAUUAGCGAUGGCACUACGGAGACAAUUAAUCCCGGCGAUUAUUUGGUAUGUGAUGAUCAUGGAAUGGUUCGUAUUCCAACUGCCGCCGUCGACUUAGAUAAGUUGAUCACAUAUAUAGAAAAGUCUAUCGAAGCCGAUGACCUUGUUUCUCAAGACAUAAAGGAGGGAAAACCUGCUGCUCAGUCUCAAUCAGAACGUAGAGCAAUUCUUAAACAAUAUUUGUAA